UAAACUUUAUUUCGUACAUUGAAUUUUAUGUAUCCAUCUUUUUCUUAAACACGUUUCUCUUUUGGCUUGAUCCUUCUAAAUCACGAUGGAGUGGUACUAUUAACCAAUAAAAUGAUGUAGCAGGGACUAUGCUGAAAAAUGAAUCUUUCUUCUAUUCCCACAACAUCCAUCUGUUUAAGUUUGAAACCAAGCUAAAGUGUCACCCUACCAACGGCAUCCUUUCUCUAGUCACUCCUCACUGGGUCCUAACGCUUCUCCAGACUCUUAGAGACUCAGUGUUGCCUUUUGCCUCAUAAAAUCUUUACAACAGGAAAAUGACUUUGGAUGGAUUAACUUGGAUUAAUCUGUUCAACUUGGAUCCCUGAAGGCAGAAGUCCCCAUUUCACUGAAGAUGAUGUAAUCCAUGGCUACUCAGGCCGACCCCUCAUGCUUUCCCAUGUAGCCAGCCAUACUACACUCUUAACACUGGAAGGGUCUUGUUGAUAAAGUUCAGAAAUGCUUAUAGGAAUUCUAUGCUUAUCUAUCUCACUCUUUUAACAAAUACUGAACACUUACCACGUGCCAGACACUAGGCUCUGAGGAGAGAGUUGAGAACAGAUUGAUAGUCUUCGCUCUCAUGGAGUUUACAUUCUGGUGGGGCAGACUCAGAUCAUAAAUAACUAAAUGAACAAGGUAAUUUCAGACAGUAAAAAGUGGUAUAAAGAACAUGAAAUUAGCUUUUAUGGGAUGUUCAUUUAAGAUAAAUAUUUAGGGAAGGUGUCUUUGUGGAGCUUAGAACCACAUGUAUAGGAAGAGUCAUUUCCAUUCCAAACUAAUGCUGAUUUGGGCACUUAUGCUUCUUGGGACUUAUGCUUCAAAUUAAUGGGGAAAAAGAAAAGAGGAAAAGACCCAUUUCCAGCUUAUUUUAUUAAUUUACUUUAAAAAAUACUAUCACAUUAGAUAAUGUUAAAUUUGGUCCUUGAGGGGUUGACUUUGAGUUUAGGGGCCAGACCAUACGUGUCAUGUCCAGAUGUCUCCUUGAGCUUCCUGGCUGCUCUAUUCAUUUAGUGGGCAGGCAAACCGGAGAAACAGGCUUGCAAGCACAAACAUGCCAGCAACCUGCAAGAACACCAUGCCCCGCUAGUUGUCGGUAGGUAGGUUGCUGAGGGUUUAAGCUUGGGCACUAGGCACUCCUUAUCUGAGGAAAGCAAAAGGGUAUCAAGUACAAUUACCAAAGGUUGGAAAAAGAAAUCCUUUUGCAGGAAAGUGAAGAUACCAUGACUUAAAAUUUGAUGGCUCAAUUUUGUUCUCAUUUCUACAGUGACACAUAACACAAGCCAGGAAAUGCUAAUUUGUAUUAAUACGGUUCAGAAAUUUGUAUUAAAGGUCCAACAUGAGAUUGUUGGUUGCUUUAUAGACUGAUUCAUAUGUCUAAAAAUCAAACUAGGCCUCAAGAGCUUGUGUUUUUCUCUGCCUUGACACAUUUCUCAGCAUACAUCAAAGAGCUCUUCCUCCAAUCAACCUGAAUCUCCUUGAGCAAAAAAGUCUACCCUUUCCUUUAAAAUUGAAGCAGCGUACUAUGUAGGAAACUUGAGAAAGAAAAGUGACCAAUUCUCGUUGAUGCAAGAAAUCUCAAGUAUCAUAUUCAUCUUGCAUAGCAAGAUACCAAAACCCAUGACUCUCAAACUUGAGACAGCUAAAGAAGGAGCUCAGAAAAAAGAUUAGAGAGCAAAAUAAAAAUGAAAAAUAAUUCGGAAUUACAGAGGAUGUCUGAAGCAUUAAGGGGAAGGUAGAUAAGCAGGACAGAAUAAAAGAUGGACCAAAAAAAUCUAAACAAAAUAUAUAGGGGAAUUUAAACAUUUACACUAGAAUGUGGAAUACCCUGGAAUUUAAACAUCUUUCAGGUAAGAAUGCGUGAAAAUCCAAGGAUCAGUGCCUGGUACAUUAUUUUUCUUUUUACCCAGCUUCAAAGGUGAUUUUUAAAAAAGGGAUUAAAAAAUACCUUUUGCAAAGUGACUUAACUGAACCUGAUACAUUUGUUGAACUACUUACCAAAGAGGUGAAGGUCACAGUUAGGUAAAAUGGAGCCUUAUCUUCUCUUUCUUCACCUAAAAUAGUUUAAACAGCAUUUUCUACAAAUGGGGUAUAGAAGAAAAGAGGUAGUGACAAUUAUUUGCAUUUUCCGAACGGAGGGAAUGAGACUCUGGAGGGUAUACGAGGUCAAUAGAGUGAGCCAAAGGUAGAGAUGUGAGGAAUAUUUAUAGUCUGCUGACUUCAAUUUAGACGAGCUCGGGCCGCUGCUUAUCUUAUGCCUUUGGAAUUCACGGGCUCGGAGAUCACCGGAGCCCGAGCAGGCAGGGCCUGGGCGCUUCUGGAUCGAUGCUUUCCCCCUCAGCUCCUCCGAGCGGGUUCGCCUCCACCUCCCUAACUCGGCCUCCGCUCGGCGGCAGAGAGCCCAGAAAAAGCCGGGGCGGGGAGGUAGGGGGUAUGUAGAUUUAUGAAAAUAUGCAUCAGUUUAAUACUGUCUUGGAAUUCAUGAGAUGGAAGCAUAGGUCAAAGCUGUUUGGAGAAAAUUGGAAGCACAGUUUUAUCUAGCUCCAUUUCUGAGGAGUAAAGCGAAAGCAGUGGGAAUUGGAGUCAUUGCUGCCUUUUACAAGAAAAUAUCAUUAAAUAAUAGUCAUUUAAAUUAGUGAAGUAGCAGGACCAGUUAUUGAAGGUGACAGUGUACAAGAGACAUUAAAAUUGAACAAUGACUCAGAUAUAUAUUUACAUCAAAUUAUUGGGAGCCUAUCUGUUCUUCAUUUCUCAUGUUCAAGGGCAGAAUCUAGAUAGUAUGCUCCAUGGCACUGGAAUGAAAUCAGACUCCGACCAGAAAAAGUCAGAAAAUGGAAUAACCUUGGCACCAGAGGAUACUUUGCCUUUUUUAAAGUGCUACUGUUCAGGACACUGCCCAGAUGAUGCUAUUAAUAACACAUGCAUAACUAAUGGACAUUGCUUUGCCAUCAUAGAAGAAGAUGACCAGGGAGAAACCACAUUAGCUUCAGGGUGUAUGAAAUAUGAAGGAUCUGAUUUUCAGUGCAAGGAUUCACCAAAAGCCCAGCUACGCCGGACAAUAGAAUGUUGUCGGACCAAUUUAUGUAACCAGUAUUUGCAACCUACACUGCCCCCUGUUGUUAUAGGUCCAUUUUUUGAUGGUAGCAUUCGAUGGCUGGUUUUGCUCAUUUCUAUGUCUGUCUGCAUAAUUGCUAUGAUCAUCUUCUCCAGCUGCUUUUGUUACAAACAUUAUUGCAAGAGUAUCUCCAGCAGACGUCGUUAUAAUCGUGAUUUGGAACAAGAUGAAGCAUUUAUUCCAGUUGGAGAAUCAUUAAAAGACCUUAUUGAUCAGUCACAAAGUUCUGGUAGUGGAUCUGGACUACCCUUAUUGGUUCAGCGAACUAUUGCCAAACAGAUCCAGAUGGUUCGGCAAGUUGGUAAAGGACGAUAUGGAGAAGUGUGGAUGGGCAAAUGGCGUGGUGAAAAAGUGGCAGUGAAGGUAUUCUUUACCACGGAAGAAGCUAGCUGGUUUCGAGAAACAGAAAUCUACCAAACUGUGCUAAUGCGCCAUGAAAAUAUACUUGGUUUUAUAGCAGCGGACAUUAAAGGUACAGGUUCCUGGACUCAGCUCUAUUUGAUUACUGAUUACCAUGAAAAUGGAUCUCUAUAUGACUUCCUGAAAUGUGCCACACUAGACACCAGAGCCCUGCUCAAGUUGGCUUAUUCAACUGCCUGUGGUCUGUGUCACCUUCACACAGAAAUUUAUGGCACUCAAGGAAAGCCUGCAAUUGCUCAUCGAGACCUAAAGAGCAAAAACGUCCUCAUCAAGAAAAAUGGAAGUUGCUGUAUUGCUGACCUGGGCCUUGCUGUUAAAUUCAACAGUGAUACAAAUGAAGUUGAUGUCCCUCUGAAUACCAGGGUAGGCACCAAACGCUAUAUGGCUCCAGAAGUGCUAGACGAAAGCCUAAAUAAAAACCAUUUCCAGCCCUACAUAAUGGCUGACAUCUAUAGCUUUGGCCUCAUCAUUUGGGAAAUGGCUCGGCGUUGUAUCACAGGAGGGAUAGUAGAAGAGUACCAGUUGCCAUAUUACAACAUGGUACCCAGUGAUCCAUCCUACGAAGAUAUGCGUGAGGUUGUGUGUGUCAAACGUUUGCGGCCAAUUGUGUCUAAUCGAUGGAACAGUGAUGAAUGUCUGCGAGCAGUUUUAAAGCUAAUGUCAGAGUGCUGGGCCCACAAUCCAGCUUCCAGACUUACAGCAUUGAGAAUCAAGAAGACACUUGCCAAGAUGGUUGAAUCCCAAGAUGUAAAGAUUUGACAGUCGUGAGGAGAAACUCCAGACUGCGAGAACUGUUUUUACCCAAGGAACGGGUAGAAUGAGGAUGGACUAAAGAUGUUAACUUGGUUCUCAGACUCUUUCCUCAAUACACAUUCACAGGCUGCUAAUAUUAAACCUUUCAGUACUCUUAUUAGAAUACAAGCUGGGAACUUUGUAUAUGGACAGCUUUAUUUUAAAUGUGGUUUUUGAUGCCUUUUUUUUUUAAUUAGGUUUUUAUGAACUGCAACAAGACUUCUAUCCUGUUUAAUAAGUCUCCAGUCAAACCCUGGGUACUGAAUUGCCUGUUCAUAAAAUGGUGCUUUCUGUGAAAGCCUUAAGAAGAUAAAUGAGUUCAGCAGAAAUGGAGAAAUAUACACUUUUGCCUUCUACCUGAGAAAAUUUAAUCUGUUUGAAUUCUACCUUUAUAAAACAGCCUAUAGAUUGUGGUCUGUUUGAGAUACUGCUUAGUUUACGGUAGUUUGUCAUGCCUUCCUUGAUAGUGGAGUGUGUAUGUGUACACACAUGCACACCAGGAUUCCUCUGCUGCCAUUUGAAUUAGAAGAAAAUAAUUUGUGAAUGCACAGGAAGAUAUCAGUGGCCAGUGAUUUUGUGCUUUAAAAAUGCAAUAUCUGACCAAGAUCCUCCAAUCUUAUAAAAGCCAUUUACCUUGCAAGUGAGGUAGCUAGCCAGCCAACAUUAUUUUUUUAACAUAAAAUGUUGCUAUAAAGGCCAAAAGAAAUUUAAAGUGUCUAUAAAUUUAAACUGUUUUCCUUGCACAGCCAUCUUUGGGUGGUUUGUUUUCUUUUAAUUUUUUUUUUUCUGGUAGUUAUUUUUGUCAUGGAAAGCAUCCUAUCCAAAGUUGGAGCACCCAAUGCUAUGAACCAUGUUUAUAAAGAAAGCACUUCUUAUUGAAGUGAAUUACUGCAUUUGAUAGCAAUGUAAGUGCCUAUAACCAUGUUCUGUAUUCUUUAUUCUCAGUAACUUUUUAAAGGGAAGUUAUUUAUAUUUUGUGUGUAAUGUGCUUUAUUUGCAAAAUAUCCACUCCUUUACAACCGUGUUUUAUAUAUGUACAUACUACAUACAUUCAUACUGUAGAAACCAGCUCACAUGUACCUCACCCCACCCAUAAGGGAAGAAAAGUUACAAAGUAGUACUUAAUAUGAAUUUUCAGAAUUAAUGAAUUCAAACUAAUAUAUCAAAUUCAGGCCUUUGUCAAAUUCAGGUUAAAACUUAAGAUAAUAUCAUCUCAGUUUUCCUUUAUAAUUAGAAAUUUAUGUCAGAGCUGUUAUAAAUUUGUCAGUAAUUAAAUAUGUUAAAUACGUUUAGGCGUCUAAACCAUUUGAUAAUUUUGGUUUUAUGAUUUCUGUUCCCUAACUUGUAAAGACAUUGAAGAAUAAGGCAGAGAAGUCCAGUAUCUAGUCAAUAUGUGUACUUAUACUGUAUAGCUGUUAUUCAACAAAAUGGUACGUCUUUUAUAGAUGCCUUGUUACCCAACAGAAUAAUUUCAAUUUACUUAAAUUUACUAUUCUUCUGUAAUGACUUCUAAAUAUUAAUCUCCUAUUCUGAGCAUACAGUUUACAGGCAUCAAGUAAGAUAAUUUUAUUUGAUUACAACAUAAAAAAAUGUGAUUAUAUCACAGCAUAGUCCAAAUGGUUUAAAUUUAGUGGGGGAAACGCAGAGCAUGUGUCCAUCCAUUACCAAAAUUGACUGUGAUUUAAGGUUAAGACUCACAUAUUUAUCUGCACAGUAAAUUUCACAAACUUGCCUUGACCAUUUUAAGUUUGAUAAGUUUCCUCUAACAUAUUUGAAGUUUAGAGUGUUCAUCAAGAUAAGUAAAUUUGCAUAUUGGUAAUACUCAAUACUCAGUAACUUGUUCUUUCAAAAUUUUUCUCCAUCUGUAUACAGAGAAAUAUAGACAUUUAAUCUAAAUUGCCGUGUGAUUUGAGGACAGUUAUAACAUCUGAUUUGCUUAAUUUCAUUGGAUCUUGAUUUAUUUUUUACUUGAUAAACUCUAAAAUCUUGAAAAUCAUUUGUCAUCUUGAUAAUAAAGAAAAUACAUAAGAAAAUACAAUUUUAUUCUUAGAAAUGUUAAAAUGGUAUGUGGAAGCAAAAAAAUUAGAUAAUAUAUGAGACUAUUAUAAUGCUUUCUUUGAAUUAACUUGGUUUAGUGAAAGUGAUAUCAAGAGUUAACCUUAGAAACUUGUUGAGUAAAAAUGUUUUCUAGUUAACAUUCUUUAAAAAGCAAAUGCAGCUAUAUUUAGAAUCCUAAAAAGAUUCUAAAAGUCUAAAAAGAGUUGCACAAAAGUAUUUUCUUCUUGCCUUCCUACUCUUAAAUCUGAAGUUCAUCCCAAUAAGUGAAUUACUUAAAGAACAUGGCAGCCCAGCAAGACAAGUAUUAGGCAGUACCAUAGUUAAUAAUUUCUAAAACCCUGAGUGCCAUAAUUUGGUCCCCCUUACAAUUAAGUGUUUAAAAAAUAUGUGGCUUCUGUCAGUCAUCCUUUUAAAUAAUUACAGCAUAAGAGCAAACAACCAAAAAUAGCCGGGCGUUGUGGCGGGUGCCUGUAGUCCCAGCUACUCAGGAGGCUGAGGCAAGAGAAUCACCUAAACCCAGGAGUGGAGGUUGCUGUGAGCUGUGAUGUGACAGCACUCUACCGAGGGCGAUAAAGUGAGACUGUCUCUUAAAAAAAAAAAAAAGGCAAACAAACCUACAUAAACAGCAAAAGUUAACCCUUAGGAAUUCUUUUUAUGCUGGUAAAUAUCUUCAGGAUUCAAGGCACAUUAGGAUUUGUUUCAAUUUAUUUAUUCAAUGUUUUUACUGUGCUUUCUUAUUUAACAAGUUUCUGAAGUAUAAAAUUUGAAUCUGAUUUCUCUGUAUUUUCAGAAAAGAUAUUUUAAACAUUUUAUGUUGCCUUUCCAAUGUCCAGAAGUGUCUCUAAACUUAUGAAGUGACCUAUAGUUUUUGAAAAUUACAUUUUCCUAGAAUGUGCCAGAUUAUUUUAUUUACUCACUCUAACAAAUAGUCAACAUCGUGUGCUUAGUUUCUGUUUACAACAAAAGCGCAUUAUAAUUUUUAAAGAAUCAUGCAUCCCCAAAUUGGUCUAAGAUCAAAUUUGAUAUUGAAUAGUUUAUUCCAGGGCAGAUUUUAUAAAUUGAAACACGUUUCUUUUCAUAUAUGUUGUUCUGAAAUGUUUCAAAAUAUCUAAAAUUCAACAGCAGAAAUACUAUUUUCUUUAAGUAAUGUCAUAGCCUUUAUGCCGUUCAAAGUGGUAAAAUUUAUUACUGACUUGAGUCAGAUGUUAAACUUUUAGUGUAGCGAUUUCAUCUGGCUUCAGUGCAAGAUGGGUCACAGUGGAAACUUCAGAAAGGAGACAUGUUCAUAAGAACCAGUUUAAGUCUAUGGCAGUAUCAGAUGAAGCCAUGUGUAAUGAUAAUAAUGUUCACAUAAGGAAAGUAUGUGAAUAUGGCUUUUGCACCCAAUGUGAUUGUAAUUUUAGCUUAUACUCUGUAUUCUGCUUUCAAUGGAAUUAUUUAAGCCCUUUUAGUGACCUUUGUCUUUGCCCAUUUAAAAACUAAAGUCUAGUAUAUAUUGUAUAAAAUGAACAUAUCAUUAUAGCUUAAUUAGGGAUACUGUACAUAGGUAUUGAAAGAAGGGUAAAAACAAGCAGUUUUAUUAUGCAAAUUGUAAAACACCAAAAAUAUAGAUUCAUCUUUGAUAUGUAACACACUAAAUGUAUUUUGUACAGCAUCUGGUUUAAAAGGUGCCUUAUUAAGUUUACCAUUAAUUGCUUUGUUCUAUAUACAGAUAUGUCCAAUGUAUCAUUUUUAAGUAAAUAACCUUAUUUUAGUA